GGAGACUCCGUUGAGAGGUUGGAUGGAUUGAUGAGUUUUAGAGGGGAGUGGGUUUCAGGGGGGAGAGUCAGUAGUUUGGCUUAGGUAAUCCAAUCCGAUUAAUCCUUCAAAACCAAACCAACCCCACCACCACCAGUGACCCGCCAAUUCGAAUUCAACAACAACGAUUGGGAAAAACUGUAUCAGCAAAACAGUACAACAUAGAAUGCCAAGUCACAUCCUAGGAGAAGAGGAGGAUUUUAUAAACAGCUCAGACGAUGAACUAGCCCACUUCAGCACCACAACAACCCAACAACAACAACAACAACAACAACAACAACAGCAACAACGACCAACCAGAACAACCAACAACAACAACAACAACAACAGCGGACUCGGUCAUAAUAUAGACGCAAUUCAACUCCAGCACUCUACCUAUCACUCAUCCUCCCAUUCACCAGACCCUUACACCCCUCAACUACUCGACGGAUUCCAAACCAAUCACCAUUUCCCACUCAGCCAUCAACCCACUCCACCCUACGGCUACUAUCCCCACCACUCUGCCCUACCCGACCACGACGACGAGGAAGAGGAGGACGAUCUGAGACGAGGAGCAGGCGCAGCAGCAGAAGAAGAAGAACAAGCACUAGAACUAGAACAAGAAGAAGAAGAAGAAGAAGAUCAGGACUACAACCAGUCUUCCUAUCACGACCACCUCCAACCCCCUCACUCACCCACUUUCGAUCAAGAUCAAAACCCGGCUGCCUACGGAGGCGGUCAUCCCAGCAACCCUCGUGGGACCAUGCAAGAUCUCAACUCAAGCCCAACCCAACCCAUCUACAAUCCCCUCUAUGACGAUCAGAGCCCUUCGAGCAUCAACUCAAACUCUUACUCUGCACAACCAUUCAAUACGACCUUCAACCAAUCACGAAACCCUCAGAAACUCAUCCCCAAGAACAACCAUCACCCUCAAUCACUCUCAAACUCCCUCACAGCUGCCCACCACCGAUCCACAUCCCUAUCCUCAAAGUACGCCCCCGAUGAGUAUGACGACCAGAACAUCAUUCACGGCAUUCGAUCCAUCCCCUUAGUCGACAACCAUCCCCCCACCUCCAAACAUUCCUUCCCUAAAAAACAGCCCUCCCCAAAAAAAUCUGUCCCCCUCAAGGAACGCCUCGAACAACUCUUCAGUCGUCAACCCAAAGAACUCACCGGUGAACGACUACUCUAUCUCAACGACGCCCCACGCAAUCAACGUGAAUUCAAAUUUAUCAGCAAUCAUGUCAGCACAACCAAGUACAAUAUCAUCACCUUUCUCCCAAAGUUCCUACUAGAACAAUUCAGUAAAUAUGCCAAUCUGUUUUUCUUGUUUACGGCAUGCAUCCAACAAAUCCCUAAUGUCUCACCCACCAACCCAUAUACGACCAUUGCACCACUCACACUCGUCCUACUAGUAGCAGCCUUCAAGGAAAUGACUGAAGAUAUCAAACGAGGAAAAUCAGACGCAGAAUUAAACACACGAGCCGCCAACAUCUUAUCAGGAGAUAGCUACAUCAAGAAACCCUGGCAGGACAUCAAAGUUGGAGACGUCGUCAGACUAGAGUCCAACGAACAUUUCCCAGCUGACCUGAUCCUACUCAGCUCUUCUGAACCCGACGGACUAGCAUACAUCGAGACGAGCAACUUGGAUGGUGAGACGAAUCUGAAGAUCAAACAGGCCAAUCCAUCCACCGCCCAUCUCACAAGUCCUCAACUAGCUUCCAGUAUCCGUGGCCAGUUACGCUCCGAACAACCUAAUAACUCUCUUUACACUUACGAAGGUACUAUGACUCUCGAAACUUCUCAAAUGCCCCAGAAACAAAUCUCAAUCUCCCCCGAUCAAAUGCUACUCAGAGGCGCUCAGCUCAGGAACACGGCCUGGAUGUACGGCCUUGUUGUGUUUACCGGUCACGAAACCAAGUUGAUGCGUAACGCAACAGCUGCUCCCAUCAAACGGACGGCCGUCGAACGAAUGGUCAACGUCCAAAUCGUCUUCUUGUUCAUCAUCCUUUUGGUUUUAUCAGUCGGCUCGUCGAUAGGAAGCUUUAUCCGAACAUACUCCCUCGGGGGCCAGCUCUGGUAUAUUAUGCAAGCCGACUCCGGUAAAGACAAGACUACCUCGUUCAUUGAAGAUAUUCUAACCUUCAUCAUUCUGUACAAUAACCUGAUCCCUAUCUCACUCAUCGUCACCAUGGAGGUGGUCAAGUACCAACAAGCCGCUCUAAUCAACUCAGAUUUAGAUAUGUACUAUCCGGUGACAGAUACAGCAGCGCUAUGUCGAACAUCAUCAUUAGUCGAGGAACUAGGCCAGAUCGAUUAUGUAUUUUCUGACAAGACUGGAACGCUAACUAGGAACGUGAUGGAGUUCAGACAAUGUUCGAUUGCUGGGGUGCCCUAUUCGGACGUGGUUGAUGAGAACCGCAAGGGAGAGAUCUUCCCCUUCUCCGAUCUCCCCUCGGUCCUCGCCAAGAACAACGAUUGUGGAAAGGUCACCAACGAAUUCCUGACUCUCCUCGCUACCUGUCAUACCGUCAUUCCUGAGGAAAAAGAUGGAAAGAUCGUCUACCAGGCCAGUAGUCCUGACGAAGCCGCAUUGGUCGCUGGAGCAGAAGUUUUAAACUAUCGGUUCAAAGUGCGCAAGCCACAGUCGAUCAUGAUCGAAGCUAAUGGGUUACAACAAGAGUACCAAGUACUCAACAUUCUCGAAUUCAACAGUACUCGCAAGCGGAUGUCCUCAAUCAUUCGAGCACCAAACGGGAGGAUCAUACUUUACUGCAAGGGAGCCGACACGGUGAUUCUAGAGCGAUGUGCGCCGCACCAGCCGUACAAGGAGAACACACUAAUCCAUCUAGAGGAGUAUGCGACCGAAGGACUGCGGACGUUAUGUAUAGCGAUGCGCGAGAUCCCGGAGGAAGAGUAUCAGCCAUGGGCGGCGAUAUAUGAGCGAGCGGCCGCGACGGUGAAUGGACGGACGGAGGAGAUCGACAAAGCCUCGGAGCUGAUCGAGAAGAACCUAUUCCUGUUGGGUGCGACAGCGAUCGAGGAUAAGCUACAAGAAGGCGUGCCCGAUACGAUCUAUACCCUCCAACAGGCUGGCAUCAAGGUCUGGGUCCUCACCGGCGACCGUCAGGAAACCGCAAUCAACAUCGGCCUCAGUUGUCGUCUUAUCUCCGAAUCUAUGAACCUCGUCAUCGUCAAUGAAGAGUCCGCUGACGCUACCGCUGACUUCAUCCACAAACGUCUCCUCGCUCUUCGGGCCGCUUCUAAAAAUCCUGCUGAUUCUGAAGACCUGGCACUCAUCAUCGACGGAAAAAGUUUGGGAUUUGCCUUGGACAAGUCAAUUUCCAAGCCCUUUCUAGAGCUAGCGGUAUUAUGCAAAGCUGUAGUAUGUUGUCGAGUCUCGCCGUUACAGAAAGCGUUAGUAGUCAAGCUAGUGAAGAAGAACAUCAAAGGAUCGAUCACGCUAGCGAUUGGUGACGGCGCAAACGAUGUCAGUAUGAUCCAGGCCGCCCACGUCGGGAUCGGGAUCAGCGGUGUCGAGGGCCUUCAGGCCGCCCGCUCCGCUGACGUCGCAAUCUCUCAAUUCAGAUUCCUUAAGAAACUCCUCCUCGUUCAUGGCACGUGGAGUUAUGUUAGAUUGACUAAAUUGAUUCUUUACUCGUUUUAUAAGAACAUUACACUUUAUCUGAUUGGGUUUUAUUUCUCAUUUGCGAAUGGAUUUUCCGGACAAGUCUUAUUCGAAUCAUGGACCUUAACGUUUUACAAUGUGCUGUUCACAGUGAUGCCGCCUUUUGUUCUCGGCGUCCUCGACCAAUUCGUCAGCGCUAGGAUGUUGGAUCGGUAUCCCGAACUCUACACCCUUGGCCAACGCAACAUCUUCUUCACUCGACGGAUCUUUUGGGAGUGGGUGGCAACAGCAGUAUAUCAUUCAGUCUUUAUCUUCUUCGUCACUGCUCUCAUCUUCAAAGACGAUCUCAUCCUGCAUCAAGGAUGGAUCUCUGGCCAAUGGCUAUGGGGCACGACGACAUAUCUAGUCACGCUCUUAACGGUACUCGGCAAAGCAGCAAUCAUCUCCGAUUUGUGGACCAAAUGGACUUUAUUAGCCAUCCCUGGCUCGUUUGCAUUGACGCUCUUGCUCCUGCCUACUUAUGCCUCCAUCGCCCCACACAUCGGGGUCAGUAAGGAGUACUACAACCUCAUGCCACGCAUGCUGUCUAGCUCGGUCUUCUAUUUCUGUCUCCUCUUGAUCCCUGUGGGAUGUCUGGCACGAGACUUGGCCUGGAAAGGUUAUAAGAGAUUGUUUAGACCUGAAGCUUAUCACAUCGUCCAAGAGAUCCAGAAAUUUAACUUGCCAGACUACAGGCCUCGAAUGGAACAAUUCCAAAAAGCUAUCAAGAAAGUGAGGGCAGUGCAAAGACUUAGGAGGAAUAGAGGAUUCGCGUUCUCGCAGACUGAAGAAGGCCAAGAACAGCUCAUCAGAUCUUAUGAUACAACCGUCAAGAAAGCUAAAGGAUAAUCAGCCACACUCUUUCCUAUUUAUUUCAUUUUUUUUUUCUUCAUUCACAUACAUAUAUAUAUAUAUGUAUGUAUGUAUGUGAAUCCCCCCCCCCUUGUUUAAUCUUCAUUUUUUUUAUCUUUUUUGUCUCCUUCUCUCUUAAACUCCUCAUUCUCCUAUCUUUCCCUCUUCCCCCUCUUCCUCCUUCUUCUUCACCUUCUGUCUUUCUUUUUUUCACUCUUUUUUUUAUGCUUCUUCUUCAACAACCUUUUUUUUUUUUUUUUUUUGAGAUUCUUACAUCUAUUUCCUAAACUUAAACAACACUCAAGACAAAUGGAUUCGAAAGCAAAGCAAAGAAAAGCAAAUUAGUGCAACAAGGAAAGAAGAAAAAAAAAAACUCAUCCUCAUCAUCAUAACUUUUCUUUUUGUGAUUUCUUUUGAGCUUUAUUGUUUUUUAUCUUCACUCAACUUACGUAUCAUACUUCCCACAUCAGAUUCCAUAUCCUUAUUCCUUUUUUUUGAAUACAAAUUGUCAGUUAGUAGAAGAAAGAUCUAUGAUAUAGCAUAUAUAAUACAAAACCCGUCUCCCAUCAUCAUUCACUUUUUUUUAAUUAUCACGAUCUCAGCUUCGUAUCUUUUUUUUUUUUUUGGGCAAGAGAUGUUUUUUUUUUUUUGGUGGAUCAGUUGAUGAUGAACCAGAUCCUUUUUUUUUCACACAUACAAAUAUUCAUGCACAGCCCA